AUGCUGCGCGCUGCUCGCGCUGCCCGCGGACUGCGCUCUGGAUGUCGGGUCUGGGCCAAUCGACAGGUGCUUCUACAACCGCUGCUGGUGAGUGGUCCACACCCCUGCCUGGCUGGACCUGUGGGCGGUCGGUGGGCGCUUGACAGAGCCUUCUCGACCAAAGAACCGCCUAAGGCGGAGGAUGUCGAGACUCUGAGCCUCAGUAGCGAGGAGUUGGCGUUGAUCAUACCGCCCAGGAAUUUUAUUCAGGCGCUGCGAGUCGCCAGCGCACAACCAGAGGAGCUCAAACGUGCCUUUGCACGUUUGGAUGUGGAUCAAUCAGGGACCUUGUGCGCCACGGAGCUCCGGCGCUUGAUGGCAGAGGUGAAAGGCCAUCAUGCCACCGAUGCAGAGCUGGACCGCGCUGUCACGGCCAUCUUGGACACGUACCACCGCGGCACCGACGGCGCGCUGAGCUUUAGUGAGUUCGAAGAGGCCGUGCUCUCAAUGGCUUCGCCGGUGGACCGACGGGCGUACUACCUUGCUGCCGCCAUAGGAGUGGCCUUUGGCGGCUUUUCGGUCACUUUCCCGAUGGGUCCCACAUUGAUUCAAACCUUCGGCAUGACGCAACUGCAAUUUGGCACAUUGACCACGGCCUUUGCUGUGGCCAAGCUCUGUGGAAAUAUCCCCUCGUCCAUGCUCUCGGACGCCUACGGGAGGAAGCCGCUACUGGUCAUGGGCCUGAUGUCCAUCGCCACAGGCAUCGCCGGCGUGGCCUUCGCCACGUGCUACGAGCAGCUCAUGGUGCUGCGUUUGGCGAUCGGCCUGGGAGUGGCCUCCACCUUUACCUCCGCAGGGAUGUACGUCACGGACAUCUCGCACCCCUUGAACUCGGCGCGGACCCGAGCGCCCAUGCAGAUGGGCAUGUCCGCCGGGCUCUUGAUCGGCCCCGCUUGCGGAGGCUACCUGCUGGAGAACGUGGGAUUGGAGCUCAUGUCCUUGGGCGUGGGCGCCAGCAGCUUUUGCACCGCGCUUUGCGUCUUUGCGCUGCUUCCGGAGACCCACCGACUGAGACCUGGAGAACGGCAGCGAGGUGUGUUGGACACGCUCAAGUCCUGGGCGCCCAUCUUGUCCCUGAAGCCCUUUCGACAGAUGAUCUCCUUCGGCUGGUGUUACAACGCGGCUUUCUGGGGAGCUGCUGCGUUGAUUCCACUGAUCUACGUGGACUUAGCGCUGUCGCCCGCCGUGGUGGGCGGCCUCUCGACGGCGAAUGCCUUAGUCAGUUUGAGCGUCACGCCCUUAGUGGCUAAGACGGCGGACCGCUUCGGGAAGAUGCAGGUGGUCUUGCCGGGCGCCCUUCUGUAUGGAGUAAGUCUGAUGAUGGUACCACAGGUCACCACGCUCAUCGAGUUGCUACCAGUGCUGGCCGCCAUGCAGAUCGGCGCCUGCAUGUGUGGCCAGGCGCAGAUGCAUGCCAUGGAUCUAGCUCCAGUGAAGGAUCGUGCAAAGGUUCCAAGCCUUUGGAAUACCUUCGGCGAUACAGGCAUGCUCUUCAGUUCCUUCUCCGCUGCGCUGAUGGCGGAACGCUUUGGCCUGGGGAGCGCCUUCUCCUCGGAGGGCCUGCUGCCGGGGGUUGCUCGUGGCCAGCGGCGCCAUGGUCUAUGCGACGCGCGGGUCUCGGUGAGGGCGCUGCGGAAGAUGCCGAUGCAGUGUGAAAGCCAGGCGCUUUCCGACUCUGGCGCUUGGAAUCCGGCGCUGUCCGCCCUGGCGCUGCUGUCCAGAAAGGCGCUGGGAGUUAGUCCGCCCAAGCGCCAAGAGGCCUUGCAGCAACUCUGGGCCAGCCAGGCCUUCUUGGAGACGAAGAAGCAUUUUGCACAAGCGAUACACGCCUUUGGUCGUCACCGCCGCUGGCAAGAAGGGAACUUGCUUUUGGCUGAGAUGUCGAGGAGACACUUGGGGCCUUGCAAGUAUUCCUUCAGUGCGGCCAUCAGUGCGUGUGCUGCUGCAACGACCUGGGAGACGGCGAUGCUGCUCAUGUUUGAGCCGAGUGCAGGCUCGAUUGAACUGGAUUUGAUCGCCAUCAGCAGCUUGCUGAGCGCCUGCGAGAAGGCCUCCCGCUGGUUGGAGGCUUUGCAGCUUUGCGCUGAUGCAGAAAGACAAGGGAUGGAAUUGGAUCUGGUGGCCUUGAACACAGUGAUCAGCAGCUGUGGCAAGGCUUUUGCAUGGACUUUGGCAUUGGCUCUUUUGGCGCAGCUGGAGCCGAAAAGGUUCUCCCCGAACCUGGUGACCUACAGUAGCUGCAUCUCUGCCUGCGAACGUGGGCAGCAGUGGCCGCGUGCUUUGCAUCUUCUUGGUGAUGCUCAAGGGCAAGGAUUGCAGCCGGACGGCAUUUUGUUGGGUGCCUCCAUCAGCGCCUGUGAGAAGGGACGAGGGUGGGCUCAGGCGCUCCAUUUGUUGCAGGAGGCCCGAGAAUGGAAGCUUUUCCCGGACACCACGAGCUACAAUGCGGCCUUGACAGCUCUCAGCAAGAGCCACUUAUGGGAGGAGGCCCUGCACCUCUUCCAGCAGAUGCCCAACCUGGAUGCCAUCAGCUGGGACGUCGCCUGUGAAGCCGCGCAGCUGGGACAUCAGUGGCGUCAGGUGCUGUCUUUGUUGACGGAGAUGGACAAGCAACUCCUUCCGCGGAGCGACUUCAGUUACUUGUCGGCCCUGACUGCCUGCAUCUCUUCAGAGCACUGGCAGCGCGCUUUGCUGCUCUGGGAGACCCUCGAAGGCGAAAAGACCCCAGAGACGAGGCCGGAAGCGCCCAAUGCGCAGCUGCGUCUGACCGUGCUGGAGGCUUUGGAACGGAGCUCCCAAUGGCAGAAGGCACUACAGCUGUCAUUGGAUGGUGCAGAUCGAGCCCUCUACAUGGGCUGCGUGAGGACCCUGAUGCGUUCGGGGGAGUUGGCCGCCGCCUUGCAGCUCUAUGCCACUCUGGAGGAGGAAGGUGUGGUUCAGCCGUGGAUCUCAGAGUUUGAGCUCGACCUCCAUGGUUUCACCUUCGAAGCGGCCUACAUCAUCAGCGCCUUUGCGUUGCUGCGUCGCGCAGUAGCACCAGUACCAGGAGCUUUGCCAAGGAGUCGGCCGCUCUGCCUGGUGGUGGGCCGUGGCCAUGGCAGUGCGGCCGCACCAGUGCUGCCGCAGCUGAUGGAUGCUUUGCCGGUCGAGCUGCAGACGCUUGGCAAGAUGGGCCCUUGUGCUCGACUUCUGGUCGGUUGGUGGAAGGCAAUGCUGGCAGGUUCCUUGGACCAAGUGCUGAUGUUCGUGCCAGGGACCUGGGAAUUGCCAGUUCGCUGGUAUGUGGCCUCCGCCAUUGUCGGGUUCCUGGUGACCGUCUUCUUCGUGGUUUUCGGGAACAGCAACAAGAGGAAGUACAAGCUCGAGGAGGAGGAGGAUCAGGAGAAUUUGCCGCUGAACGAGGCAAGCACCAUUUGCUGCACACCAGAGAGGGGGGGACGAACCGAGGCGCAGGCUGGCUUUGUUGCAUACGUUUUGGGAAGCGCUUUGUGCGAGGCCAAUGCUGCCUUCUCCCUGUGCCCUUGGAACUUCGAGGGCUGCACGAGCAUCGAAGAGGUCCUGAAGUGUAUUUGGAAGAACCCGGUGCCCAAAGACCUCAGUGUGGGCUAUUCAGCCCUUUCGCAAUCUGUCCGUGAGAUCCAUGUCGCGAUGGUGAAGUGUGCUGCCGGGAAGCAGACGCACUUCUGCAUCCUCUACACCCUCACGAGUGGCGCCGAGCUCUUUGGCGGCGCGCCCUCGGAACAGUCGGUUGGCUUGGAGCUGGAGGAGGAAGUGGUUGGCUUGCGCAAAAGGCGUGGGCAGGCGGGCGUCGCGUCGCCCAGCUGCGAAGGUCGCUAUUUCGGGAGGUUAGUGAAUAUGAGCUGGGAUACCAUGGCCUGCCAUUUCAACAGCAAGCAUGUGGAGAACGAGGUGAAUGUGGAGAAUGAGCUGAGCUGGGCAAAGCUGAGAGGAAUAAGUUGGUUGAGAAGCAGGAUGCCAGCGUGGGUGAUGAACAUCAAGAAUACAUCUGGGCAGUCGCUGCACAUAUCCACCAAUUUGGCUGCUGUGUAA